AUGAGUUUCAUCGAUUUCGACAGCGUGAAAGCAGAGAAAGCCAAGGCACUGCAUCGUUUCCAUAGCAUUGGUUUCCUCUUCCGUAUCACGGAGAUCUGCGUCGCUCUUCUCUUACUCUGUUGGAUAUUCACUUCCCUUCCUUUCGCCGUCCAAAUCUCCCGCGAGUUUCUCCGCCGUAUCUCUUACGUCGUCUCCACUCCUCUCUUCAUGUUCGUCCUCGGAAACUUCAUCGUCGUCGCUCUUCUCACCACCAAAUCCACCGUCUUCUCCGCCGCUAGUACCAUAGACGGCGGAGCAGAGGCGGAUAUCUACGACGCGUUUAUCAGAACCGGAGAUAGCCGCGCAAAUUCUUCCGACAUUGGAGAUCUGACGGAAGAGAUCAUCGUCUACGACGAUAAACAGAUAAUAAACACCGAAACUGACUCAAACUCAAAUCCCACGGCGGCGCGUGAAGAUCACGCGCAAAUAGAACCGGAGAAGAAAUCGGUUUCCGUCACCGAUUCACCGAAGGAUCAUCCUCUUACGAAAGUUUACCGGAGGAGCAAGUCGGAAAUCUCUGCGAAACAGCGUCCAGUGACGGUGUCGAAACCUUUUCUCCGGCGAUCGGAGACGGAGAAUUGCCGGGAAAUAGUGGAGGCGUGCGAAGACGUUCCGUUUCCGGAGGACAAUCUGACGAACGAAGAGUUUCAGAAAACGAUCGAAGCAUUCAUCGCGAAACAGUUGAUAUUCCGUCGCCGGGAAUCACUCGCCGUCGUUAUCCAUAACCAAAAAUAA